AUGAGCAAGGCUCAUCUGCCUGAGUUGAAAAAAUUUAUGGACAAGAAGUUAUCACUGAAAUUAAAUGGUGGCAGACAUGUCCAGGGAAUAUUGCAGGGAUUUGAUCCCUUUAUGAAUCUUGCGAUCCAUGAAUAUGUGGAGAUGGCAACUAGUGGGCAACAGAACAAUAUUGAAAUAGUGGUAAUACAAGGAAAUAGUAUCAUGUUAGAAGCCUUGGAAUGA